AUGCGGGGGGCGGCCGGCGUGCUCCUGCUGCCGCUUUUGGGUGUAGGGGCCGCGGUGGCCGCGCUCUGCUCGCCCACCGUCUUCUACAGGGACUGCUGGAUCCGGCGCUUCCCGGGGCUGCUCCUGGACCUGGACGAGUCCCAGCGGCUGGGCGCCCAGGUGCUGCAGUACUACUCGGAGAACACAGGCCAGAAGUGCGGCCGCAGCUGCUGUCUCCGCAAGGACGUGUCCUGCAACGUGGCCGUCUUCUUCCACGACCCCAUCCACGAUGGCGCCAACUGCCUGCACGUGCGCUGCCCGGGCCUGGAGAGCUGCGUGCUGGCGCCCGGGAGCGGGGCCGUGCUCUACAACCUCACGGAUGGCGCGGACCCCGACCUGCUGGUGUUCCAACAGCCCCCGGCCGCCCACCCGCGCACGCGCUCCUCCUCCAGCCCUGGGGAGCGGCCCCGGGAAGCAGGUGCGCGGGGGGUCCUGGGGGUGAGCCCCGAGCUUCCAACCUGGGGGGCUCCGGGCGUGCGCACACACACGGCCCCGCCCGUCUCUGGGGGGAGCCUCCUGCUUCCAGAUGCCCCAACCUCCACAGGGGUACGGGAGGGGCCCCCCAGCUCCGCAGCCCCCAGCCCCCCGGCCCCCAGGACGGCAGACACACCACCUUCACACGUGCCCCGGCCCGCCCGGCUGGAGGGCAGCAAGCAGGCCUCCAACAGGACCAAAGGGGGCAGUCCCGGGCCUGGGCCCCCGGGCAGGGCCUCGGGGGCGUCCCCGGUGUGGCUAGUCCCCGUGGCCCUGUGCUCCGUGGUCGCCUUCCUCGGUGGCUGCGCCGUGGCCGCGACCCUGGCGUGCCGUGCCAAGCAGCAGGGGCAGUAUCGGCCGGGACAGAGGACGCCGGGGAAGACGCGGCCGGGCGCGGGGGGAGAGAGGCGCUGCUUCCCGAGCGCCCGGCUUCCGCGGGCCAGGCCUCCCGCGGGGGAGGACGAGAGGGCGGGAGGAGAGUCGGGCAGGCGGCUGAACAAGCGGGCCCGAAAGCCCGUGAGGGCGGCCGGCAGGACCACAGCGAAGUUCGGGGGGGACCGAAGCUUCUUCAGACGCCAAGUGAAGGUGUCCCCCGCCAAUGACAGGUGUGCCUGA